CGUUGUUUCCUGAGGGGUAGGUUUCGCUGCUACGCCUCACCGUCACCUCUCACAUGAAUGGAAAGAUAUCAGCUGUAAAAGCCUCUGACUUUAGGAAUGGAAACUGGAUUUCCUAGUUAACAUUUUUAGUCUGUAACUGUCUAUUUAACUUGGGAACAUUGUUCCCUUUAUUCACCUUUAACGUGCUGUGUGUUUGUUUAGUGUUUAGAGAGAGGAAGCUAAGUGGAAGCUAACUAGCUGCUAGCCUAAAACUACCAGUCAGGCUAGGUAACGUUCACAUUACUGUUAGCCUGCAAAGCUAGCACUGCUUCCAACAACAACAUUGACCAACAACAACAAAGCAUGGAGGUGAUUGAGAGUAUACUAGAGCUGCCGGUGGAGAAGCAGAUCUUUUAUGCUGUUUUGGGGUUUUCCUGGACGGUGUAUCUAUGGGAGGCUUACCUUUCUUACAGACAGAGGAGGAUAUACAGAUCAACAACACAUGUGCCACAAGAACUCGGGAAGAUCAUGGAUUCUGAAACAUUCGAGAAGUCGCGUCUUUAUCAGCUGGAUAAAAGCAACUUCAGCUUUUGGUCUGGACUCUAUUCUGAGACUGAAGGGACGUUGAUCCUGCUCCUGGGUGGAAUCCCAUUUUUGUGGGGCGUUGCUGGCUCCUUGAUGAUUCGCAUAGGACUUGGUACAGACUACGAGAUCACCCAGUCGCUCGUGUUCCUGACGCUCGCCACCCUGUUCAGUGCCUUUACUGGACUUCCCUGGAGUGUCUACAACACAUUUGUAAUUGAGGAGAAGCAUGGCUUUAACCAGCAGACAUUGGGGUUCUUCUUCAAGGAUGCUGUGAAGAAGUUUAUUGUGACCCAGUGUAUCCUGCUCCCUGUCACCUCGCUGCUCCUGUAUAUCAUCAAGAUUGGGGGAGACUACUUUUUCAUCUAUGCCUGGCUCUUCACCCUCGCUGUCUCUCUGGUACUUGUCACGAUCUACGCUGACUACAUUGCUCCCCUGUUUGACAAGUUCACUCCUCUGCCAGAAGGAGAGCUGAAGACAGACAUUGAGGAUAUGGCCAAGAGUAUAAGCUUCCCCCUCACCAAGGUUUAUGUAGUUGAAGGUUCCAAACGUUCGUCACACAGCAAUGCGUAUUUCUACGGGUUCUUCAAGAACAAACGCAUUGUGCUGUUUGACACUCUGCUGGAAGACUACUCGCCUCUCAACAAGUCUGGAGAGCCGCAGCCCGAGCAGCCAGAGAGAGAUGAUACUUCCGGCGACUCAAAAGCCAAGCCAAAGAACAAGAAACAAGGAUGCAACAACCCAGAGAUCCUUGCAGUCCUUGGUCAUGAGCUUGGCCACUGGAAGCUCGGCCACACUGUCAAGAAUAUCGUCAUCAGUCAGAUGAAUUCCUUCCUGUGCUUCUCCCUGUUUGCUGUUCUGAUUGGGCGUAAGGAGCUGUUUGUAGCUUUUGGCUUCAAUGACAGCCAACCCACAUUAAUAGGCUUGAUGAUUAUCUUCCAGUUCAUCUUCUCCCCGUACAAUGAGCUGCUGUCCUUCUGUCUGACAGUCCUGAGUCGCAGGUUUGAGUUCCAGGCAGAUGCUUUUGCACGCGCCAUGGGCAAAGCCUCCGAGCUCUACUCUGCCCUCAUCAAGCUCAAUAAGGACAACCUGGGCUUCCCCGUGGCCGACUGGUUGUUCUCCAUGUGGCAUUAUUCCCACCCUCCCCUCCUGGAGCGCCUCAGAGCACUGGGCAGCGUCAAGCAGGACUGACGGGGCUGGAAGGGGGAGGAGCGACCGCUGCCUCCUCCAAAGGGCCUCCGCAGACCGCUCCUGGCCCUGUGAUUCUCCCUGGUCUUUUUCUACCUAUCUACCCCUCCUCCUCUUGUUUUAUCUUGUUUUAGUCAUUUCUCUACUUGUCAUACUUUCCAUUUUGUUCCCUUUGAAACUUUGUUUUAAACGAAACCAAAACAUAUCAGCACAAGCCAGCCUAAAAAAAAAUCUCUGAAGUCUCCGCUCUUUCUCUAGAGACACCUGAUAUGCACUUGCUGAGAGCAUUACAUCGGGGCAAUGUGUGUUUAGCAAAAGCUAUUGUCAGAGCACAGGUCACAUUUUUCCAAUUGGCCUGGAAGUUUAGUUUUUGAAAUUAUUUUAUGAACUAGAUUAUUACUUUUCCUUUUUAGAAUAAAAAACUAAAUUUUACUUACAGAAUUAUGAGUUUCUAGUGCGAUGCCUUCAUGACAUCCAACUGUUAAAGUCAUAAGAGUAUUUUUUUAAGCGUAUAAGGUGGUUAAUCCUGCAGUAUACUGAGUUUUAUUUAUUUAACAUGAUGGACAACUUCAAACAUACUCGUGACAAUGCUUUAUGCAGAUACACAGGCCAGAAUUGGAUUUGUCUCUCAAGUGCAACUGUUGCUUCUUUAGAAACAUCACCAGGCAAGCUCAAGGGUAAAAACGUUAAUUUAGUCAUCAACUCAAAUUCUCCGUUUAGCAAGAGGAACUUGCACAGUGGGAAAAAAAAUGUGAGUGCCUCUAAUUAUCUGUUUUUGUUCAGAUAAUGGACGCAUUAUGAACAGAGCAGUGCAGAAAAUUUCAUUUGAAUUUAGGUUAGACUUUUCAUUUUUUACAUGCAUUGGGGGGAUCUUGUUUUAUUUUUCUAGAGCACUUGCUUGCCGACAAGGUUCCAACCAUACCUGUACAUAUGUAACUUUAAUGAGUAGAGUAAUGGCGUAUGAUGUGAAUUGUGAAAAAAAAUGUUGAAUGUGGUUUGAAAUUUUAAGUUGAUGCUGUGUCUCUUAGUUUCUUCUCUUGGUUUUGGGCCGGAGUGAGCCCAGAGUUGCCUGGCAAGCAAAGUAUUUAUAGGGGGACUUGGGGAAGGGGGUCUGCGAGGUUCCUCUCACCACAUAAGCCAGUGUCUGGUUUGUUCAGCGAGGGAAAUGUGUACACUCUUUGCUGCAUUGAAUAAAAUCUUUAAAAAGCA